UGCCACAGUCUGACGAACGCAUUGGCGCGCGCGCAUUCCAUAUUUGAAAUAAUUCGAAUUAAAAAUUUCAAACUGUUUAUGUGCAUGAGUGUACAGUGAUAUGGACACACAUGGGGAUGUUCCAGUGAUGAAAUGAAAGCUAGGGCUGUAGUGCCUUGUAAAUUGUCAGUUGUUAUAGGGAAAAUCUUUCUACGGUGGAUCUUCACUAAGACUGAUCUGGUUUAUUUUGUUUAUCGGUUGGUUUAUUAUCGCAGUAUUGUGUGGUAUGCCUGCCAUUUGCAACUCCGGUCAUCGAUGAACAGCAGCAGCGUAGAUUUUUUUGAAAGCCUAAUUGAUGAAGAUGGACGUUUCUCUGAGCUCAACUGCCAAGACCCUCCGCAAGUUCGCCAACGACCAAGACACAGACCAAUGAUUCAAGCGGAAAACAUAAAUAAUGGCGGUGAGCUGUCUUUGUCCCCUCCGCACACGAUAUCCCAACGCGAGACAGGAACUCAGGUCUCUCAGUGUUAUAGUGGCCCACCUUCCCCAAGCGGUAUAGUGAGUGCCACCCCAUCACCAAUCUCAUCACCUGUUCCGCCACCUGGCACCGCCACGCUAGACCCGAACUGGCAAGCCACAAAGCCCACAGUCAGAGAGCGGAAUGCAGCUAUGUUCAAUAACCAACUUAUGUCAGAUAUUACUUUUAGAGUUGGAAGUCCAGAUCACAUUCAAGUUAUACCGGCACACAAAUAUGUAUUAGCUACGGCAAGUUCAGUAUUCUAUGCAAUGUUUUACGGAGGGCUGGCAGAGUGCAAGCAAGAAAUCGAAGUACCUGAUGUGGAGCCAUCAGCAUUCCUAACACUUUUAAAGUAUUUAUACUGUGAUGAAAUACAACUAGAAGCAGAUACAGUGCUGUCUACACUGUACGUCGCCAAGAAGUACAUUGUGCCGCAUUUAGCAAGAGCUUGUGUCACUUACUUAGAGACUAGUCUCACAGCGAAAAAUGCAUGUCUACUGUUAAGCCAAUCACGGCUUUUUGAGGAACCUGAGUUGAUGCAGAGAUGUUGGGAAGUUAUUGACGCCCAGGCUGAGAUGGCUCUCACGUCUGAAGGCUUUGUGGAUAUUGACGUGUCCACUCUAGAAUCAGUAUUGGCUAGAGAAACACUCAAUUGCAAGGAGAUAAAUUUGUUCGAAGCUGCACUUGCAUGGGCACAUGCAGAGUGUGUAAGAAGAGAAAUUGAGCCUACACCGACUAAUAAGAGAGCUAUGCUUGGAAGUGCCAUAUACCUGAUUAGAUUUCCUACAAUGAGCCUUGAAGAAUUUGCUAACAGUGCCGCACAACUCGGGAUUUUGACGCCACAAGAGACCAUAGACAUAUUCCUCCAUUUUACUGCUUCCACUAAGCCACAACUAUCUUAUCCUGUCAAACAAAGAGCAGGACUUAAAGCACAGAUUUGCCAUAGAUUUCAAUCCUGUGCGUAUAGAAGCAACCAAUGGAGAUACCGAGGCCGCUGUGACUCCAUUCAGUUUUGUGUAGACAAGAGGAUAUUUGUUGUUGGGUUCGGAUUGUAUGGAUCUUCUAACGGCGCUGCGGACUAUAAUGUCAAAAUAGAGUUGAAACGUCAAGGCAGUAUUUUGGCUGAAAACAACACAAAAUUCUUCUCAGAUGGGUCGAGUAACACUUUCCAUGUGUACUUUGAGAACCCAAUACAAAUAGAACCUGAAUAUUUCUAUACUGCCUCAGCUAUAUUGGAUGGAAGUGAACUUAGUUAUUUUGGACAAGAGGGAUUAAGUGAGGUGUACAUGGGGACUGUAACUUUCCAGUUCCACUGCUCGUCAGAAAGCACCAAUGGGACAGGAGUACAAGGAGGGCAGAUUCCAGAACUUAUUUACUACGGCCCUACUGUUAACACUGCAAUGACAAACUCCAACUCGAGUGAAGACUGACAAUCAACCAGAACUCGUCCCUUCAAUUAUUACUCCGUAUAGUCCACUAACUAAUCAAGCUCAAUUAGAUCCACAUAUAUUCCAAUCCAACUACUUAAAAUACUUAAUCAUUCCCAAAUGUUAAAUUGUUAUGUCCAAAUUUAAACUUCUUGUGUAUAUGUUAUGUAUGUAUUGUUGAUUAGAAAUAAAGGAGGAACCUAAGAUUGUGAUAUGGGUGUUGUAAAAGCUCUCUAAAACGCGUAGAUGUAGACAAAUCCUAUCUCGAAUAAAUUUUUCUUAGGAUUUAAACUUAAUCGCCAUUGCCAUUGUAAAAUGCAAUUAAAUAGGUCACAAGAAUACAAAUGACGUAGGCUUAAAUUAUUAUUCUGAGUAUUAGUUAUUAAAAAAAUAAAACUUGCAAAUUA